GGAGGGAGUGGGACCCGUUCGCUCGCCACUGUGUUUAUCAUCCUUGCCACGGAUACUUAAGUGACACUCUAGUGCUUUCUUAUCACGGGAAUUUAUAUAAAACUACACGCCACAACGCAGAACCUGGAGGAACGACUGCUUAAAAUCGCCUGAUGACGUCAUAAUUCACUCCUCUAUUGGCUGUGACGUCAGGACCUUCUCUGCCUCACGGCUCUCGUCUCCGCGUGGCGUAUGGAAGAAGGCUGCCUUAUUUUGCGAAUUUCCAGCGUAUUUACACCUUAACCGAAGCCGGCGAGCGUACCCACGAGGCGCAGGACACCCAGCUACCAGACGAUCAUCAGGAAAACACGGAAUAAGGCAGCAAGAUGAACGCCGAGAAGCUUGCCAAGUUGCAGCAGCAGGUGCGCAUCGGAGGCAAGGGCAGCGCUCGCCGUAAGAAGAAGGUGGUGCACCGCUCCUCAGCCACCGACGACAAGAAGCUGCAGAACUCACUCAAGAAGCUCACUGUCAACAACAUCUCCGGCAUUGAGGAGGUCAACAUGAUAAAAGAAGACGGCUCAGUCAUCCACUUCAACAACCCCAAGGUGCAGGCUUCUCUUAACGCCAAUACCUUCGCUGUGUCAGGUCACGCCGAGAGCAAACAGAUCACGGAGAUGCUGCCCGGCAUUCUCAACCACCUGAGUGCCGAGGGGUUCAACCAGCUGAAGCGUUUGGCGUCCACCGUCACAACUAGCAACACGUCAGCUGGUGGCAUUGAUGAUGAUGAUGACGAUGUGCCAAUGUUGGUGGAGGACUUCGAGGCUGCAAGCAAGACAGACACAGGAGGAGAGAGUGCUGCUGUAGUGGGGGAGGUGGAGGGGGAGGACAACAUCCCAGAGCUGGUGGACGUGCCCAAUGGUGAGACAGUCGCCCCGCCGCCGCCGCCGCCGCAAGGCAAGGACAGCAAGAAGAAGGGGAAGAAGAAAGAUAAGAAGGAAUCCCAGGACACUAAGACUGAUGCUGCUGCAACUCCUGCCGCCCCUGCAGCAGACAAGAACAAGCCUGCCAAGGGUAAGACUCCUGCUGCCAAGGACACUCCAGCUGCUGCUAAGGAUGCCAAAGCUGCUCCAGCUGCUGCUGCUAAGGACACCCCAGCUGCUCCUGCUGGUGCCAAGGACACCCCAGCUGCUCCUGCUGCUGCCAAGGACACCCCAGCUGCUCCUGCUGCUGCCAAGGACAACAAAGCUGCUCCUGCUGCUGCCAAGGACACCCCAGCUGCUCCUGCUGCUGCCAAGGAAACCCCAGCUGCUCCUGCUGCUGCCAAGGACACUAAAGCUGCUCCUGCUGCUGCCAAGGACACCAAUGCUGCUCCUGCUGCUGCCAAGGACACCAAAGCUGCUCCUGCUGCUGCCAAGGACAACAAAGCUGCUCCUGUUACUGGCAAGGGCAACAAAGGUGCUCCUGCUGCUGCCAAGGACAACAAAGCUGCUGCUGCUGCUGCCAAGGGCAACAAAGCUUCCAAGGACAACAAAGCUCCUGCUCCUGCUGCCAAGGGCAACAAAGCUUCCAAGGACAACAAAGCUCCUCCUGCUGCCAAGGACAACAAAGCUCCUCCUGCUGCCAAGGACAACAAAGCUGCUCCUGCUGCUGCCAAGGACACCCCAGCUGCUAAGGAAAUGCCACCUGCCCCUGCUGCAGCUGCACCAGCUCCAGCUAAGGACACCCCAGCUGCACCAGCUGCUAAGGAAACUCCAUCUGCAACAGCUGCCAAGGAAAUCUCAGCUGAACCAGCUGCUAAGGACACCCCAACUACUCCUGCACCAGCUGCUAAGGAAACCCCAGCUGCACCAGCUACCCCUGCCCCAGCUGCCCCUGCACCAGCUGCUAAGGAAACCCCAUCUACACCAGCUGCCCCUGCACCAGCUGCACCAGCUGCUAAGGAAACCCCAGCUGCCCCUGCACCAGCUGCUAAGGAAACCCCAGCUGCACCAGCUGCCCCUGCUCCAGCAGCACCAGCUGCUAAGGAAACUCCAGCUUCACCAGCUGCCCCUGCCCCAGCAGCACCAGCUGCUAAGGAAACCCCAUCUACACCAGCUGCCCCUGCACCAGCUGCUAAGGAAACCCCAGCUGCCCCUGCACCAGUUGCUAAGGAAACCCCAGCUGCACCAGCUGCCCCUGCCCCAGCAGCACCAGCUGCUAAGGAAACCCCAGCUGCCCCUGCACCAGCUACUAAGGAAACUCCAGCUGCACCUGCCCCAACUGCAAAGGAAACUCCAGCUGCACCAGCUGCCCCUGCCCCAGCAGCACCAGCUGCUAAAGAAACUCCAGCUGCACCAGCUGCCCCUGCCCCAGCAGCACCAGCUGCACCUGCUGUCCCUGCCCCAGCAGCACCAGCUGCUAAGGAAACUCCAGCUGCCCCUGCCCCAGCAGCACCAGCUGCUAAGGAAACUCCAGCUGCACCAGCUGCCCCUGCCCCAGCAGCACCAGCUGCUAAGGAAACUCCAGCUGCCCCUGCCCCAGCAGCACCAGCUGCUAGGGAAACUCCAGCUACACCUGCUGCACCAGCUGCACCAACUACCCCAGCCCCAGCUGCACCAGCUGCCUCUGCCCCAGCCCCUGCUGGACCAACUACUGCCCCAGCUGCACCAACUACUCCAGCCCCUGCUGCACCAGCUGGCCCUGCCCCAGCUGCUAAGGAAACUCCAGUUGCACCAGCUGUCCCUGGACCAGCUACCCCUACUCCAUCUGCCCCUGCCCCAGCUGCUAAGGAAACCCAAGCUGCACCAGCUGUCCCUGCACCAGCUGGUCCAGCCCCAGCUGCACCUGCUAAGGAGACUCCUGCUGCUCCUGCACCUGCUGCUGAUGCCACCAAGACCCCUGUGGCCCCAGCCACACCCCCAAGGCAGCCCCUGCUGCUGCUGGUGCUGCCGGCACCUCCAAAAAGUCUCAGGGUCCUCCCAAGAGUAAACAACCCAAGAAGCCUAAGGGGAAGUAGGCGUCUGACAAACCCUCAGUGCAAGAGAAAGGAGAGGAGAAGAGUCAAGGGGAAGCCACCACCACCACCACCACCACCAGCAAGUCCAACAAGAAGGCUACUAAGAAUGAGACUGCCUCACCUGCCACCACCACCACCACCACCACCACCACUGCUGCCGCUUCCUCCUCCAAGGGUGCCUCCCAGCCUGCCGAGGAGUGAGGGCCUGUCCUGUGGCUCGUCCUGCAGUCUGCUCUGGCCUGCCCGACCCUCCACCAUUGUUACCCGCUGCCACCCGGUUGAUAUUGGCCUGUUCAUGUGCUGGUCUCUUGUUUUUAGUUUAAUUAAGUUGCUCAUUCAUUACACAGAUCAUUGGUUGAUGUGUGGUUUUCUUUUCACGUUUGGCAAAGAUUUUACCGAUCGGUUACGUCUAUUUAUCGUUUACAUGUGUGGUUUUCCCGACGGUGGAAGAGAAGUAGACUAAUUCCUUUCGUUAAUACACUGAUCGAUUGUACUUGUUUUUAUCCUUGACUUCCUUGUGCGUUUAUUGCACUGACAAAGAAGAUUGGUCAUAACUUGCCCUGAGUUCCCUGCGCAUUCUUUUACGCUUACAAAAACCGACUAAAACCUGCCUAUAUUCCCUCAAUAAUUUAAACCUUAUGCCCUCAUUGACAAUUUUGGGGGUUACUACAAUCUUUAGUAACUCCCUCGGUACAAAACAUUAAGAUCUUGACUUGUAGUAGCUGUAGUUGAGGCUGUUAAUCUGUCCCUGUGAGCUCAACACCACAGUACACACCCUAGUAGGCUCGAUGUUACGUCAGGCAGCGUGUGGUUGAGGCUCUUAAUUAGUCCGUACAGCCUCAAUGUGCUACAUUAAACACCUCUAAGGCUCUUGUUAGUGUGUGUGUGGUGAUUGUCUCUUAAUUUGUCCCUCUGACCUAGCCAUCCAACAGUCCACCUCAAAAAAGGCUUGUGUGUGUGGUUAGUUGAGACUUAAUUUGAUCCUGUGACCUUGACAUGCAAUAGUGCACACCUCAAAAGGCUCUUGGCGUGUGGUGGGUUGGACGUGGCCAGGGUGAGGCGGGCAGUCGGUCAGUAGCCAGGCGUGGAGUCAGUCCAUGCCGUCAUUACUUCGUCAAGCUGGUUUAGGAAGCUGUCCAGUGAAGAAUUUAGCAACAACGGCUACAUAAUGCUGCUGUAAACAUGCUAGGACUAUUUUGACUUUUGUGAACAUCAUUAUUAUUAUUAUUAUUAUUAUUAUUAUUAUUAUUAUUAUUAUUAUUAUUAUUAUGACUCGGUUUCUCUUUAUUUUAUUAUUUUGUGUACAUAAAGUGACUAUCUCUUUGAUAAUGCAAGCACUCCACUCCUCUUUUGUCUCAAAAAAAAAUAUAUAUAAAAAAAUAAUAGUAACUAGGUGUUCAUGCUGAAUUUGUAUUGAGCCUUUAACUUCUAAGAAAUUAAAAGAAAAAAAAGUUA